CACAUUCCACGACGUGUUUGAGCAGGGAGCGCUGCGGGACUCUCCGAGCGACGCUCGCCUCCCGGGACGAAAGCACCUUUUCCGCGUCUCUUCUGCCCCCGCCCUUCUGUGCCGUGCUGUAUGUUCGCUUUUCCGCAGCCCCCUCCCCAUUUUAAUGUUUCUCUUUUCCCUCGGUGUUUUUGCUCCGUUCUCCCGUCAGCCUCGCUCUGUCAAUAAACCCCCCGUCGCAGCGACACGUGGAAUUUUUCAUUAGCCUGCCCUGCAGCUGUGUCCUCCCCGCGUUGCUUGCUUUCUCUCUCUCUCUCUCUCUCUCUCUCUCUCUCUCUCUCUCCCUCUCUCUUUUUCCCUUGCUUCGUGCACUCUCUCAGUGUGGGGCCGUGUCCUGCGCCGAUCCUCAGCUUUCCUCCUGCAUCCAGGUUAGGAUGCCCCCAUGGCCUGUCCGGGGUCCUACACCGUGGUCCUCAUCCCCCUUCAGAACAGCCUGCAGAGCCUGGAUGCUGUCCGCUUCUUCCUCUGGCUGAGGAGGCUGAAGCAGCUGGAGCAGGAGAAGGACUGCCUGUGGACGGGGCUGCAGGUUCUGGAGCAGGUCCGGUCGUGGUACCGCCAACGGUUGGAGGAGAACAGGCAGCUGCAGGGGGGUGCUGGGCCCCGGAGCGGCCAGCUGGGACGUCCGUCCAGAGACUGUCUUAUCCGGUCCUGUAUCCAGCGGGUGAACAGCACUCUGGGUAAACUGAUGUGUGACCCCAUUGUGCUCGGCGUUCCGUCCCCAGACGAGGGUGGGGCCUCAGACUCCGGUCUUCGGUGGCAGAACACUGUCCUUAUUAAGGAGGUGAGUGAGAAGAGUCGGCGGAUCUCCGUCCUCGAGCAGGAGCGGGACUGGCUCCUCCGGAAACUGAGCGAGCUGCAGACAAGCUGACAGAGCAUCGCGGGACGUGCCCGAUGACCUCCCCUAACGUUCACACGCUCCUUCUCACGCACCUGCGCGAGCACACAAAAUGAUCCCGGAAGUGUGUGUGUGUGUACCACGCAUACCUGGUGUUACUCACUCAGCUAUGAUGAUUGUAUGACGUUUGUCUCUUUUCCUUUGCGUGUGUUUCUUGGUUCUGUUGUGUGAUGUCGGAAAGCAGCUAAUGUAUAGAGAAUGUGGUUUAAUAUAACUUAAAAUAUGCUUAAUAAAGAUUUUAAAUGAGCAGGAGUGUCCACGCAUGAACG